AUGCAAAUUAAAAGAACCUACUAUAUAAUAACCGAUACAGAAAAUGAAAGGGAUGACUGGAUAGAUAUGAUUCACACGACAAUAAACAUUCAAACGGGAGGAAACCAAGCUAUUAUUUUGAAAAAUUAUGCAGAAUUAUAUCAAAAUUAUAUAAACUUUAGCGAAUUGAUCUGGAACUUAACCAAGCAUGGAAUCCCUACUAUUAUUAAUAGCUUUAAGUAUCUUUUCCGUCAAAAAAUAUUUACUCCAGAAAGGAUACUCUCAAUAUUGAAGAAUAUUUGUAAAGUCUCUAUCAAAAAAACAGAAUUAUUCGCUAAUUUAUACGAAAGGCUUUCCAAAGAAUGCAAUAUAAAAUACGACGCGUCUUAUUUUGAUGAUUUACUGCCAGUCAAAGCAAUUUUGAUUAUCAGGAAAGUAAUCGAAGGAGAAAUGCCAACCGAUUAUGUAAACUGCUCGGAAGAAGAAAUUUCAAAGGUUUUCAAAAAAGGAUCUUUAUUUUACAAUCUACUAUGGGAUGAUGUAGAUUCAUUAAGACCAGAGUUCAAUGCGACAGAAGGACAAUGCAAGGAAAAGUUUAAUACAUCAGUUAUCGGCCUCGCAGCAAGAUUUGGAUCUUAUCGUGUUUUUAUACAGAUUUUGAAUUCGGAGUCAGGCAAUUUAACAGAAGAUGUGUUGAAUGAGGCGUUCGCUGGAGGAAACUUUGAAAUUAUCAAAGAAAUUCAAAAGAAGUUUCCAAAAAUUCCAGAAGGUGCAUUAGAUUUGGCCGUUCAAUACCACCAAAACGCCGUAAUUAACGAAUAUAUCAAUGAUAAUGUUACAGAUUUUUCAUGGUUGACUGCUUUGAAGUUCGGAAAUUUCAAAGCUUUCUUUGAUAAGGUUUUCAGUGCGAAAGACCACAACAAACGCGAUUUAUCGGGUCUUACAUCAUUAAUGGCCGCUGCAGAAGAGGGCUACACUCCAAUUUGUAAAUUAAUUGCCGAACUUGGAGGAUCCGUCGACGCUUUGAGCAGUACGAAUGAUACUGCAUUAAUAUAUGCGUUGAACAACAAGAACUUCGAGGUUGUAGCCAGUUUGCUCGAAAUCGGAGCGAAUAUCAACAUUAAAAUAGAAAAUGGAUCAUGUCCUUUGCUUAUUUGCACACAGAAUAAUAAUGUAGAUGCAGUAAAGUUCCUCGUUCAGUACAAAUUAGGCGUUGAUUCUUCAAAUUACGACAAAGAAACUUAA